ACGCCGCGUCCGCCGGGUCGGCCUAGGGCGGGGUGGUCAAGUGCCUCUGCGACCCGCACUUUCCCGCGUCUCUCCCACGGCCUGGCCCUCCCGCCGCAGUCUCUCUUCCCCGCCGCGCCGCGGUCCGAAAACCUGGUCAGCCGCCGCAGCCUCUCGGCCCCGCCUCGAUUUUUAGCUUUAUAGGAAUGCUGUUGCUUUAAAUCCGAAAUCCCGUGCCGGUAUCAACUCUCGCGAUCUCCGAAGCCGCAUACAUAUUACCCACAAUUCCCUUUCCUUUCUCUCUCCUCCCGCCGCCCAAGAUGCCGAAAGGAAAGAAGGCCAAGGGAAAGAAGGUGGCUCCGGCCCCAGCUGUCGUGAAGAAGCAGGAGGCUAAGAAAGUGGUGAAUCCCCUGUUUGAGAAAAGGCCUAAGAAUUUUGGCAUUGGACAGGACAUCCAGCCCAAGAGAGACCUCACCCGCUUUGUGAAAUGGCCCCGCUAUAUCAGGUUGCAGCGGCAGAGAGCCAUCCUCUAUAAGCGGCUGAAAGUGCCUCCUGCGAUUAACCAGUUCACCCAGGCCCUGGACCGCCAAACAGCUACUCAGCUGCUUAAGCUGGCCCACAAGUACAGACCAGAGACAAAGCAAGAGAAGAAGCAGAGACUGUUGGCCCGGGCCGAGAAGAAAGCUGCUGGCAAAGGGGACGUCCCGACGAAGAGACCACCUGUCCUUCGAGCAGGAGUUAACACCGUCACCACCUUGGUGGAGAACAAGAAAGCUCAGCUGGUGGUGAUUGCACACGACGUGGAUCCCAUCGAGCUGGUUGUCUUCUUGCCUGCCCUGUGUCGUAAAAUGGGGGUCCCUUACUGCAUUAUCAAGGGGAAGGCAAGACUGGGACGUCUAGUCCACAGGAAGACCUGCACCACUGUCGCCUUCACACAGGUGAACUCGGAAGACAAAGGCGCUUUGGCUAAGCUGGUGGAAGCUAUCAGGACCAAUUACAAUGACAGAUACGAUGAGAUCCGCCGUCACUGGGGUGGCAAUAUCCUGGGUCCUAAAUCUGUGGCUCGUAUCGCCAAGCUCGAAAAGGCAAAGGCUAAAGAACUUGCCACUAAACUGGGUUAAAUGUACACUGUUGAGUUUUCUGUACAUAAAAAUAAUUAAAAUAAUACAAAUUUUCCUUCA